ACCUGUGCCUAGAAAGAAAAAUAUUAAACAACAACAAAAAAAUCCUAAACAAAAAACUACAAUUGUACUCGGCGAUUCAAUGGUCAAGCACCCGAAAGGAUUGGAUAUCGGUAAAGCAAUUGGACACCGUGUGGUCGUUAAAGCUAGUUUUUUAGGCGCCCGUACAAGCGACAUGGUUCAUUACAGCAAACCAAGUAUUCUUCAAGAACCUGAUCAAAUAAUUCUACACUGUGGUACGAACGAUUUACAUAAUUCUGGACCAGAGGCAGUUGCAAACAGGAUUGUUGACCUCGCGCAAGAAGUUAAGUCAAGCACAGAAGCAAAUGUAGUUAUUUCAGAAUUGGUAUGUAGAAGUGACCCAGCUAAAAACGAGAAAGUAAGGGGUACUAAUGUUUUAUUAGCUAGAUUAUGUAAACAAAAAACUUGCAUGUAA